AGGGCCAUAGCCGCCGCACACGCGCCGAGCCCCGGCAGCCCGGCCAUGGUGGGGAAAGCGAAGCGUCCGAGGCUGCACCAGGCGGCCCCGAGGCCGAGGGGCCCGCGGGACCCGGAGCCGGGCGGCCACGAUGGAGCGGGCGGGACCAGCGGCUGGAGGGCGGAGCCCGGAAAGGACUGGGCUUUUUUGUCCUCUGAUGUCUUUGCUGGGAUGAAGAUUGAUCCCAAAACUCUGGUGAAGAAGUUGGAUUUGGACUCCCGAAGCAUUGUCUCAGCCCAGACAGGUGUAGAAGAAAAACCACUUCUGUCAAAAAGAGAAAAACUGAAGCUGAGAAAAGACAGGUGGCUGCAGAAAAUAGAAGGUGUGAAGCUGGCCAGACAGAAGCAAAAAGCCGAGGCAAAGCGGAAAGCGACGCCGGUGGUCGGAGACCUGCAGCCUUUGAUGGAAGCCCUGCCUGAACUCUCCGAACUGACCACGACCAGCAAGGCCAGGAAGCAGCCCAAGAUCCACGUGAGAGCGAAGGCAGAGCCCACCGACUUCAACCAAAUGAAGCCGGCCCAGAAGCGCAGGCUCCUACAGGAGGAGGUGGCCAGGUUUCACAAGGUCAUCGCAAACCCCGUGUACAAAGCCAAUCCCCUGGCCGCCAUCAGUGAGCAUCUCUGCAAGCGACUGAAACAGGAGGCGGGAAACGCUAUCUGACAACUCAGCGAGGCCUGCAUGAGCCUAGUGCGGACGAGGGCAGCUAGACCCUGCCAUGGGCUCCUUGAAAACAGUCCAGCUGGGUAUGAAAUCCAGCAGUCCUGUUUUCUGUCAGCAGGACGAAUGCAACAAGCUCUGGACAGUGGCAGCUGUUUCUUGGCCGGGAGCCCACAGAAGGCAGCGUCGCAUGCGGUGAAAUGUAACAUCUUCUCCCUCCCUGGUGAAAGGCACCUUUAUGUUUUAUGUUGCUUUGACUGUCAAGAGGGGUUGAACCUGUUUUUUGCUGCUUCCCACUUUAUUCCCACCGAAUAAAGAAACCCUCCAGUAACCUGCAGUGAUGGUCCAGACGGCAUGUUACGGGAUACUGCAGGCCAUUUGUGCAGAGAUUUAUAUAAAUGUCAGCGCUGCUGUUUAAAGAGACACUUAGUAUGUUAUUAACUUGGAAAUAAACCCACUUUGACAUUGGU